AUUCACUCACCGGCCGUCGCCGACUAAGGCCGCGUUUUGCGUUCGUAACACGCAAAAAAAAAAAAAAAAAAACCGAAAAAAAAAUUUCACCCUCCAGGUCAGUUUUAUUAAAUCCCCCCGUGCACUCGUGACCUCUACCACCACCACUAUUAUCACCCCCCUACUUUAAUAAAAUUCUUUUCUCAAGUUUGAUGACCCUUUUCUAUUCUCAAAUGAUUAUUACCAAAGACAGUUUGUCGUCGCGCUCUUAUUUCAAUUAAUUUUUUUUUUUUUUUAAUUUUCAGUGUGUUUUUUUUUUUGGAUAAUUGUGCAAUAUUGUUAUUCGCUAAAAAUAGUGUUUACGCGAUUUUUUUUUUUUUAAGCGUGCAAUAUUUAUAUAUUAUAGUCGGUUAUUGUGCGACGCAGUGAUUGCGGUUGAAGAAAUAUAUUGGUGUGUGAUAUUUAGAUGAUAAAUAUAUAUAUAUUUAUAUAAAUGUGUUUGGAAGACUUUUUUUGUUGUUUUGAUAAAUAAAUAUAUAUAUUUAAAUGAUAAAAGUUAUGUUUGUGACGUGUUUAACGUUGCGCAACUUGAGAUCAGGUGGAAAAUAGUGCGAAUUUUUUUGGAGUGUUAUAUAUAUAUGAGCAUGUGUGAGGAUCAGCUGAUGUUUCAAAAGGAGUCGCUUUUCGAAAUAUAUAUAUAUAUUAUACAUGUGUAAAAGGCUUUGGAUGUUCGUCUGUGUGCUUCUCGUUUUCGCGCCAACGUGAUUCCAUCGCGCGCUAAAAGGAUCUCUCUCUCACUCACUCUUCCCACGUGUCCUUUAUUGUGAUUGCAAGUUUCUCUGCCGUAUAUAUCGAGGGUUCGAAGGGGAGAACUCUUGGAGAGUUUGUUCAAUCUUUUUUUUGAGAAAGUUGAACACGGCAAAAAAAAAAAAAAAAGAAGAAAUUUGCCCUUCCCUCUAUUGCAUAUACAUCAUUCAUCUUUCUAUAUAGAGGAUUGAAAAUCUGGGUCAAAGUUGCGUGCAUGGAAAAAUCGAAGAUCAAAAGGAGGCGAAUAACGAGGAGCGGAGAACAGCAAAGAUAGGCAAGGUGGCUCCUCGAAAAUUAAAGAACAAACGACGACGAAGAGAGAAAAAAUAUGUCGAGCGUCGCGGAAAGUCCUGACGGAAUGGCAUUACAGUCACACUAUUCCCUUCGAUGGAACAAUCAUCAAGCCCACAUAUUGCAAGCCUUUGAAGCAUUGCUACAUGCGGAAAUUCUCGUUGAUGUCACCCUAGUAUGUUCAGAAACAAGUCUAAGGGCGCACAAAGUCGUCCUCAGUGCCUGCAGUCCCUUCUUCGAGAGGAUAUUCGCCGAGCAUCCCUGCAAACAUCCGGUAAUAGUGUUAAAGGAUUUUCCGGGUCGUGAGGUUGCAGCUCUCAUCGACUUUAUGUAUCGUGGUGAAGUUCGCGUUGGUCGUGAAGAAUUACCGGGUCUAAUGAGAGCCGCAGAAAGUUUACAAGUACGAGGUCUCGCCUCAUCUGAGCCAAGACCAGCUAGUCCACCGGAAACACCAACCACUGAUCUCCUAAUGGGUGAACCAUCAACGCCCGAAGGUGCCCGACAAGGAACACCCGAGGAGGAUGACAAUAUUUCCGAAAGUACAGUACCAACGCCAAAUCGUGAAAUUUUCCCCCGGGACCACAGGUUACCUCACAUGAGCCACCUAAAUUUCAGUCUACGAGAAUUACGUGACACAUGCGGUUCACUCCUAAUGCCAAGACGAAAGCAAGCACGACCACGAAGAAGGUCAGGCGAAUUGGUACCUCAGGAUCUCAGUAGACCUCAUCCACCAGCGAGUCUCAGUCCACCACCCAGUGGCCUAAAUCUUAGUAAUACACAACAUCAUCAUCAGCAUCAUCAUCAUCAAUCGAGCCAAGAGGACAUGGCCGAGAAUCUCUCAAUGAAGAGAUCCCUCUCACCGCCCGGUAUCGGCGAACAGAAUAUCAAAACCGAAAGUGAGGACGCCAGCAGUCCUAGGGGUUCACCGCUAACUGGUACCAGUCUUCAUGCCGAGGGUUCCCUACCCGAUUUACCACCGAGUCUUCCCACAAUAUCAGCACUUUCCCUAACACCACCGCAUCAUCAAAGUGAAUAUCUAACCAGCCUUGGACAACUCGCCGCCCAAUGGAUUCCAAAUCAUCCCCAAAGUCAACUCACUCACGGUCAUCAUCCACGAGAGGACAGUCCCCACAAUAUACCACCACAUCCAUUUCAGGACUCUCCCCUGGCGCCAAGAAGAUCGGUCGCCGUCUUUCCCAUGGAUAGUGUAACGCCCCUUGGUGGUGCCGCGGGUCUAUUUCCCCACGGUGGCAAUCUCGAUCGUGGUUCACUUCUCGCCGAUUUGCACGACAGUUUCAAACCCGAAACCCUUCAUGGCCUCUUUGGCGGUGCCAGCCUCGGCGGUGGUCAUCAUCAUCAUCAUCAUCCCAGCAAGAAAUCCAAAAAACAUCGCGGCGAUGGUGACGGACCAAGAAGAUGGAGUGAUCACGCACGUGGCCUACCAGUUGGUCGUCCCAAGGGUCAACACAGUGCACCACGAGGUGGACCACCACGUUCAUGGACCAAUGCCGAACUCACCGAAGCCCUACAACACGUGUGGAAUAAAAAAAUGACCACAUCACAAGCAAGCCGCAUAUUUGGCAUACCAUACAACAGUCUUUUAAUGUACGUACGUGGGAAAUAUGGCAAAAGUCUUAAACUCGAACAAUUACGAAGGGAUUGCACUGGCGCCACAACAGGUGAAGUUAUGAAUUCAUUGAACAAUAACGUCAAGGCUGCCGUCCAACCACCACAAAUGCCACAUCCACUCACUGGCCUCCCACAUCCAGCCGAUGACAAUCCAUUCCCACAUCAUCCACUUUUAAGUGGGAAUUUACCGCAGGGUUUUUUCCCCGAUUUUAGUGCUGCUUUUCCCGUACCAGUUAAUAUGGUUCAUCUCCUUCCGCCAAGCGAACAAAAAGCCUUUGAACAACAAACAGGUGGUAAUUGCGCCAAUAGCGCAACUAGUGAAUUAACAAGAAGUAGAUCACCCUCGCCAAUAAUUCCUCCCAAUCAUGAAGCCGGUAGUGGUAUUCCACAAUCAUCACCAGCACUUCUUCAACAAAAUGGCGCUAAUUAAUUCUCACUAAGAGAAUCUGUAUUUUUUUUUUCGGAAGAGGGAGAGAGGACUUUUAAUGGCAAGUUGUUCGAGAUGAAAAUCCAAAAAAAAAAAAAAAAAAACCUCACGAGGCUACAAGACUACUCUCAAAUAUUUUCGUCAUCCCGGAAUGCUCCUCACAAGACUGAAUCAUCAUAAAAAGCAGGGUAAAGUGGACGAUUACGUUUACUCUGCGCGUUAUAUUAAUGAAACGUUCACGUAUUCAUGCUUUUUUUUUAUAUAAAUAUAUAUAUAUAUAGAGAGA